AUGGAGUUUUUAUGUCGCUCAUGGAGCCCAUCAGCCUAUAACUUUCAGCAGAUGUUUACAUCAAGUGAUUUGUUUGGUUCACAUGACAACUGGACCUCAGGGAAACAGGAAGACAAGUUCAAUUCAGGGGAACCAGAAGAGAAACUGGAGAUACAAGUCAUAGAUGAGUUGCCAUCCCAAACUAGUGCUAGAAGCCCUAUGAUCAGCAGGGUGGAUGACACGAUAUGGAGAGUGAAGAAGAAAGAUGAUAUUCGACUUCACACAGCUAGUGUUCAUGCAGCCCUUUCUGUCACACGCUUGGCUGCAGCUAUUGCCAGCGUUGCUUCCAACUGCAAGAACAGCAGCAUAGAAUCAGCGGAAGACGCCGACCCCAUUAUAGGUGACAUCGUUGCUUCUGCCGCAGCUCUGGUUACCACGGUAUGUGCUGAAGCCGCAGAGUCAUUGGGUGCACAGAAAACAAAUGUUUCUUCUGCCAUAAACUCCGGCUUGGCUAUCCAAACAACUGACGACAUGAUCACACUUACAGCUGCUGCUGCAACAUGUUUAAGAGGAGUUGCAGCGCUCAAAGCAAGAGCUAUGGGCAAUGCCUACUUUCCAAGAAGCCAAAAUUUGCUUCAAGUAAAAGCCGAGCUAUCAGUUGUCACUCCUUCUGGAAGCAGAACAUACGGGUGGGCCUGCAUAUAUUCAAAGCAUAGUCAGCUCAUGCUUAGCCUCCAAAAGAAGCAUCUGGGAUUCUUAGCCACAAGAAAGGAAUACAAGAUUUUGCACGUGAUGGAGGGAACCCAGGAAGCUCAGGGUCAGGGCAACCUUUCAAUCAGCCUAAGAAGCAACAAUGGAAAUAUCAAGCUCUUGUUUAAAGAUGAAACUGAGUCUUUAGUUUGGACGUCAAGCAUCUCUAAUCUCUUACAGAUGCAUAAUUGA